AUCCAGUGCGCCCCCUGCCAUGGGCAGGGACAUCUUCACCAGCUCAGGGUGCUCAGAGCCCUGUCCAGCCUGGCCUGGGGUGUCUCCAGGGAUGGUUCAUCUACCACCUCUCUGGCCAACCUGGGCCAGGCUCUCACCACCCUCAGGGCAACAAUUCCUUCCUCAUGUCCAGCCCACCCUGAUUGCGGGGGCCCGAGGGCUACGGGGCUGGUACAUCCCCCAGCACGGCUGCGCCGGCGUGCACCGGCCGUGCUCUUGGACCCCACGCAUGGCAGGAGGCUCCUGCUGGGGAAUAUGGACAAACAAGGGAGUUAAUGUAUAACGGCUGUACCCAGCCGUGUUAAUCGGGUCUGGCCUUGGCUGCUGCCCAGUGUGCUCAGCCCCUGCCCGUGUGGGGACCCUUGAUCCCGUGCCUCUGGCUGCGUGCACAGACAGGGCUGCGGGAUCCUCCGGAGCCCGUCCAUGCUGUGCCAGGAUGGGAGGGGACACUGAGGGACUUGGUGACAGUGGUUCAGCUCCAGCCUCACACCCUGGCCCAGGCGCAUGGUUGCAGGUGCCAAGUGCUGGCCAACACAUCGCUGGGGGCAUGGCGGGUGUCUGUCCCCCCUGACCCCUCACUUUGGGAGCUGGGUCUGCCCAUGGAGCUGCGAUGGGCUCCAGGAACCCAAACAGCAGUGAUGUGUCCCCUGGGAGCCAGCUCAGCUCUGCAGCAGGGAGGGGACAUCAGACAGGGGUGGUCCUUGGGGCGACAGGUCCUGGAGGCCCCUUGCAGGGUGCGGGGGGAGCCAGCAGGAUGCUCCCUGCAACGGGGAGGUGGCAGCCAGCCUGCUCCCAACCUGCCACCAAUGUGCCCACGUGUGUGCGAGCGCUGCCUGGACUCUGCCCGCGUGCUGAUGCAGGCAGGACCAGCCGUGCUCCGUGCUCGGGCUGCGGCCCCUGCAGCAGGCUGGGAACUUUCUGGAUGAGAGCUCGGCACCGCGUGCGGCACAUCACGGUCCAGCACCCGCGUGUGCUGCGCCUCCCGGAGCUGCAUCCGGCGCCUGGGGAGCCGCGGGGACACCGUGUCCCACUGCUGGCACACAGCUCCUGGGCUGCCAGCGCAUCGGGCUCGUUGCACACAGACCUCAGGGCAGAAAUAAAGCAGCCCCAGGCUGGCAGGGGGCCACUGGAGCACAGCUCGACUGGCAGCACUUUGGCGAGCCAUAGAAUCAUAGACACAUUGAAUCACAGAACCAUUUGGGUUGGAGGGACCUUCCCAGCUCACCCCACCAUGAGCAGGGACAUCUUCACCAGCUCAGGGUGCUCAGAGCCCCGUCCAGCCUGGCCUGGGGUGUCUCCAGGGAUGGUUCAUCUACCACCUCUCUGGCCAACCUGAGCCAGUGUCUCAUUACCCUCAUUCAUUAUCACCCUCAUUCGUUAUCACCCUCACAUCGCGCUCACCCUGCACUGCUCUGGCCCCGCCGUGCUGGGAGGAGGAGGCGGCUGCCCCAUCCCAUUUCCCAUCCUCUCCCUGCUGUGGCCCCAGUUUUCCUGCAGUGACUUUUUCCAAGGGGACUAAAGCACACUAGUCCCCAUCCCCCAACGCCUUUUGCCCCCGUUUUCUGCUGUGAAAUCUCUCCGGGAGAAUUUAUUGCUGACUGUUUCAAAAUAUUUUUGAUGCAGAAGCCAAGUCCGUUGCAUUCCUCCGCGCUGGCCAAAGCUGCUCUCAGUGAGGACCCUGGAACGAGCUGCUGGAGGAUUUGUUUUGCACGAGCAAUUCCACUUCUGUGCAAACAUCUGAUUUGCUGGGUUUUUCUGUAGGUUGGGAGCUCGAUGUGGGGGCGGGAACGCUGGGUUCUGUACCCCUGGGAGCAGCGAGGCCAGGCUGGCCGGAGCAGCCCUGGGCAGGGAUGCGCCUGAUCCUGCACCAUUUGCACCAUUUUUUCUUUGUGUGCAUUUCCCAUUCGCUGAUGGCAGCUGGGAAAUUGUGACUUGGCAGGACCGGUGUGACCCCUGGUGUUAUCCCCCCGUGCACAGCCACGGCCAUCCCGGGAUCCCCAACCUUGACGGGGCUUCUCCAUCCCUGGGGACAUGGUUGGUUCAGCCUGGACCAAGAAUGCUGAGCCCAGGGUCAGGCUUUGGCAGUGCCCACCGUUUCCUUUGCCAGUGUGAACUAGGGAUGCUGGGAAACUGAUGGGCAGCUCCUGGGACCUGGGGACAGGCUGCCCACGGAGCAGGGACAUUGCUGGGCUGUGACCAGGGAACACUGCUGGUUUGUGGCUGCAGAUCUGCCCCAGCCUCUUGCUAUUAAAUGCAGAUCUCUAAUUAUCCAGCUGCAUUUGGAAAUACCGUCCCUCUCCCUCAGCCCAGCAGCUCCGUGCCUGUGUUCCAGGGAGGAAGGUUUGCUUGGGUUUUGCUUUUGAGCCCCCCGCUAGGCUACGUGCAGGCAAAGGGGGAGGAUGCUGCCCGCGGAGCCCCCGGUUUGUGGGCAGGACGGCGCUGGACACGACCUCUGCCUGCUCCGCACCCUGGCAAACAGCUCCGGGGUAGCGGUUCAAGGAUCUUGACCUGAACUUUCUCGAGGAGGGAGAUAAGUGAUGCAUUUUCACUGGCUGAUAAUCAUUAACGCCUCCUUGCCUGUUCCCCUGCCGCCUGUUUUGCUGCGUGUCCGUGUGCCAGGCGGAGCUGGGGAAGGAGGUUUCUCCUGCCAGGCUGACCCUGUGUCCUGGGCUCCCAGAAUAACCCUCCGUGUUACUCAUCCAGCGCUACCACCCUGGGAGGAACCAGACGAUAAAGCUGCCGUGCCAGCAACAGCACAGUAGGGAGGAAAAUGCCACAGGGAUCUGUCACAAGCGGGACGAGUGGCCUGUUCAGCUCCAUCCCCGCCAGCAGGGUGUGACGGGGCAGUUUUGUGCAGGAGGGGGUUAAGGCAGCGCAGCUGUGCUGGGAGGAAUGCCUGCCCUCCCCGGGGACUCAUUUGCAAAGGUUCUUUAACCCCACACCAGAGAGCAGACAAACAGCCCUGGCAGGCAGGAGCUCCGCCAGCCGCUCCGUCUGAGGCUGCGGGAGCUCCAGGAACAGCUUGGAAAGUUUCCCGUCAUGCAGAGUCCUGGCGCGGGCAGCGGCAGCAAGGCGGCUUUUCAUCAGCUGGAGGUUUCAGCUGAUGGGGGGUGGGGGCAGCCUGCGUUCCACUCUGCAAACCCCCCAGUCCCUGCUCAUGGGUAUCCCUGUGAUGCUUUGGAGUAUCCCUGUGGUGUUCCUGGGUAUCCCUGUGAUGCUUCAGAGUAUCCCUGUGGUGUUCCUGGGUAUCCCUGUGAUGUUUCGGAGUAUCCCUGUGGUGUCCCUGGGUAUCCCUGUGAUGCUCCAGUGCUGCUUUAGGUGCUGGCAGAGGGAAUGGAGAGAAGCCACAGCAGCUCGGUGGUGCCCUUCACACCGAGUGCAGGUGCUUGAAUCUCCUCCCUGAUAACGGAGCAAAUGCUGCAGUUCAGCAGCUGAACUGUUUGUUGUUCAGGAGGAGCAGGGGCUGCAGAACCCCCUAAAAGUGAUGCAGGAUCCCCCAUGCAUGGACAGAGGACGAUGCUGGGAAGGGUUAAGGUGCUGUUGCCGGAGCACCCCACGCUCCACGCGCCCUCACAGCCUGUUUUUUCCCUUUUAUGUAACUUGUUCCAAGCAAUAUUUGCAACAACCCCCCGCCCCGGGUGAUGCACCUUUGGCAAAAGUGGUUUUGGGUCCAAAGAUCAGCUCUGGGACAAGCGACCUGCCCGCGGCAAACAAGAGCCCGCAGGGUAUAAAACGGCGGCGGCGCGGUGGGACGGCCGAGCUGCGCCGAGGGCAGCGGCUGCGAGGAGGAUGGAGACCGGCAUGAACGUCCUGCACGACUCGGGCAUCCAGGCGACGCGCUGGCUGCAGCAGCAUUUCCAGGGCUCCCAGGACUGGUUCCUUUUCAUCUCCUUUGCCGCCGAUCUCCGGAACGCUUUCUUCGUCCUCUUCCCCAUCUGGUUCCACGUUAGUGAGUCGGUGGGCAUCAGGCUUAUCUGGGUGGCCGUGAUUGGCGACUGGCUCAACCUCGUCUUCAAGUGGAUCCUUUUUGGGGAGAGGCCGUACUGGUGGGUCCAUGAGACGAACUAUUACAGCAACGCCUCCGCCCCAGAGAUCCAGCAGUUCCCGCUCACCUGCGAGACUGGCCCUGGGAGCCCCUCCGGCCACGCCAUGGGCGCAGCAGGCGUGUACUGUGUCAUGGUGACGGCCAUCCUCUCCUCUGCCACCGGGAAGAAGCAGUCGAGGACUCUCAAAUAUUGGGUGCUGUGGACACUGCUUUGGACGGGGUUCUGGGCCGUUCAGGUCUGCGUCUGCCUGUCCCGAGUCUUCAUCGCCGCUCACUUCCCCCACCAGGUCAUCGCAGGGGUCAUCUCAGGGAUGGCCGUGGCCAAGACCUUCCAGCAUAUCCACUGCAUCUACCACGCCAGCCUCCGCCAGUACCUGGGCAUCACCUUCUUCCUCUUCAGCUUUGCCCUGGGCUUCUACCUGCUGCUGCGGGUGCUCGGCGUGGACCUGCUCUGGACGCUGGAGAAGGCGCGGAGGUGGUGCGACCGUCCAGAGUGGGUCCACAUGGACACCACCCCCUUCGCCAGCCUCCUCCGUAACCUGGGCAUCCUCUUCGGGCUGGGGCUGGCCCUCAACUCCCACAUGUACCUGGAGAGCUGCCGGGGGAAGCAGGGCCAGCAUCUUCCCUUCCGCCUGGGAUGCGCUGCCGCCUCCCUCCUCAUCCUCCAUCUCUUCGAUGCCUUCAAGCCGCCGUCCCACAUGCAGCUGCUCUUCUACGUCCUCUCGUUCUGCAAGAGCGCGGCCGUGCCGCUGGCCACCGUCGGCCUCAUCCCCUACUGCGUCUCGCAGCUCCUGGCCACGCAGGACAAGAAGGGCGUCUAGGGGUGUCCCCAAGCAGGUGGCCACCUCAGGGACAGUCACCAGACUACGGGUGCACCCCAGCCGCUGUUUGCUCCCCGCUGAAUCUGCACAGACUGACUGCACCGGGAGGUGAGAGCAAAGGCUGGGCUGGUGGCACUGCCCGAUGGCUCCCGCGGCACGGACACGCGAUGCCGGUUGUGCCGUAGGCUCGGGGGACGUGUGGCCAGCUGGUCCCCAUGCUCCCAGGGCUCUCCUGCUGCCCUUCCCGCACCCACAGAUUGGGGACAUCAGCCCAGGGAGGACCCUGCACUCCCCUGCAGCUCUUGGGGACAUGCCAGCUCCAAGCACAGCGCUGGGGACGGCAGCACCGGGAGCGGGGCGCCCACCCAUGGGUGCUCGGGGUCUGCCGGCAAGGCAGCUGUUACAGCAACGGGCAGAAACUGUGAUCUGGAGAUAAAACACUGGCUUGUGGGAGCCCCCCCAGCCCUGAGGGGUUCAGUAUUGGCAGCUGUGUGAAGCAGCACGGGGUACACAUAUGCAUGUGUGUAUAUAACGCCUACCUGUAUACACAUAUACAUAUGGAUGUGUCUGUAAACAAGAGGUAUUUUAUUAAAGCCAAAGGUGUGUUUA